AUGGCCAACCAACAAGGAGAGAAGCAGACUGCUGGCAGUGACUUCAAGAUACGUUUUCUGUCAGAUGGACUAAAUGCCUCAGUUGAGAAGAACUAUCUUUAUCCUGCGGCUCCUCCAUUAACUCGGUUUACAGAAACAGUCAUGCCAGUAAUGAAGAAGAAAUUGCUCGAGUCUACAGUUUUGGAUGACAACAUAGUUAAUAAAUUGAAUGAAUUGACAAUAUCAAAACUCUGCGUCAGAUUGAAUACUCUUCAGUAUAUCCAGAAACAGAUUGGCGUAGUUGAAGAUGGCAUCCAAAAUUCUUGGGCACUUGUCAGACUAUCUACUGAUAAAAGAUUGGGAGAGAAGGAACCUACAGGAACUUUAGAGAAAGGUUUCUUAACAGAUAGUGAAGCAGUGCAUGAACUGUUUGCAACCACCUUCAACAGCAUCAAGGAUACUACAAAAAUUGCCAUCAACAAAAUCUGUGACUUCAUUGGUGAGCUAAUGAACUUUUUCUUGUAUCUAAGGCUCCUUCCUAUUAGGACGUAG